AUGCGAGUCCCAAGAACCCCUACACAUGGCAGGCGUGGGGGCUGUUUGAAGCAGCCCAGGGUAGCGCUGCUGCAGGCGCUGGCUCUGCUGGAGUAUGAGUGUGGACUUACUUGCACGGCCAGAGAGCUGUUCAGCCGUGGAAGGAGGGGAGAGUGCUGUGCUGUGUUGCCUUCAUUCUUUUCCCUCUGUCUCCUCCCUUCUCCUCCUGCCUCACCUCCCUUCUCCACCUGCCUCACCUCCCUUCUCCACCUGCCUCUCCUCCCUUCUCCACCUGCCUCUCCUCCCUUCUCCACCUGCCUCUCCUCCCUUCUCCACCUGCCUCUCCUCCCUUCUCCACCUGCCUCUCCUCCCUUCUCCACCUGCCUCUCCUCCCUUCCCCACCUUCCUCUCCUCCUCCCGUCACCUCUCUUUUACCAGGCGUGGGGAUGGAUGGAGUGGAAGGAGGGGCGAGUGUUGUUCUGCGUUGCCUUCAACUCUCCAACCCCCUCUCCUCCCCUUCUUUCCCACCAUUCCCUCCUCCCCACCUACCAGGCAUGGGGAUGGAUGGAGUGGAAGGAGGGGCGAGUGUCGUUCUGCGUUGCCUUCAACUCUCCGCCCCCCUCUCCUCCCCUUCUUUCCCACCAUUCCCUCCUCCCCACCUACCAGGCGUGGGGAUGGAUGGAGUGGAAGGAGGGGCGAGUGUUGUUCUGCGUUGCCUUCAACUCUCCGCCCCCCUCUCCUCCCCUUCUUUCCCACCAUUCCCUCCUCCCCACCUACCAGGCGUGGGGAUGGAUGGAGUGGAAGGAGGGGCGAGUGUUGUUCUGCGUUGCCUUCAACUCUCCGCCCCCCUCUCCUCCCCUUCUUUCCCACCAUUCCCUCCUCCCCACCUACCAGGCGUGGGGAUGGAUGGAGUGGAAGGAGGGGCGAGUGUUGUUCCGCGUUGCCUUCAACUCUCCGCCCCCCUCUCCUCCCCUUCUUUCCCACCAUUCCCUCCUCCCCACCUACCAGGCGUGGGGAUGGAUGGAGUGGAAGGAGGGGCGAGUGUCGUUCUGCGUUGCCUUCAACUCUCCGCCCCCCUCUCCUCCCCUUCUUUCCCACCAUUCCCUCCUCCCCACCUACCAGGCGUGGGGAUGGAUGGAGUGGAAGGAGGGGCGAGUGUUGUUCUGCGUUGCCUUCAACUCUCCACCCCCCUCUCCUCCCCUUCUUUCCCACCAUUCCCUCCUCCCCACCUACCAGGCCUGGGGAUGGAUGGAGUGGAAGGAGGGGCGAGUGUUGUUCUGCGUUGCCUUCAACUCUCCGCCCCCCUCUCCUCCCCUUCUUUCCCACCAUUCCCUCCUCCCCACCUACCAGGCGUGGGGAUGGAUGGAGUGGAAGGAGGGGCGGGUGCUGCGAGCAAGGGAGCUCUACCAGAGGGCAGUGGAGGUCAAUGACUCCUCGCCCAAUGCUGCCAGAGUGUUCCAGGUAGGUCAUCGAAGUCUAGUAUUGGAGGAGCGGGAGGGCAACAUAGGGCUGGCGAGGGCGCUGUUCAAGAGAGCGCUGGCUGCAGACUCCGGCAACUCGGUGGUGUGGCGCUCGUGGGCUGCCAUGGAGGAGAGACAGGGGAACGCCGUAAGGGCAGAGGAGUUAAGGCUCAUGCGGCUGCAGCAGGUGGGUCACUGGUGGUGA